AUGGCGUGUCUGAAGCAGCUCCGCUCACCGACGCGAGCUCUGUUGAAAACUUCCGGGGCGAGAUGCCUCCCUGGGCUUAGCCGCCUACCAUCUCCCAGUGCAACGAAGAAUCUGUGGGUGUCACAUCAAAGAUGGUUUGGUGAGACGCCAACGCCCUCCCCGGAAGACCGCGAGCGCGCGGCGAAGAAGCCCGAGGAGGCACCUUCUUCAGAGACUGGGACCCCGGAGGAUCCCAAAGAGCAGAAGAGCGAAAACAAGAGCAAGAGAGAUUCCGACGUCACCGAGUACAAAGUCUGUAUUACUCCGGAGGAUUUCUUCGACGUCUCCACGCUGCCAGUGCGAGCCGUCGUUCAUCGCAGCGCCCUUUGGUUCAUGAACUUCAUGUUCCCGCAGCUGGACCUGAAGUGGGGCCCUUUUGCCGAGGGCGCGGAGCAGGCGGUGCGCUGCGUCCACGAGCUUCUGGGCACAGAGAGCUUUGAGGAGCUCGAUGACCUGGUCACGCCGCAGCUUCUCCAGGAACUGCGAGACCAGAAGGGCCUCCAUGGCACAGAGAAGGAAGACUGGGCAGAGCCGCCCAGGCUAGAGUCCGUUGAUGUGAUGGCGCUGCUGACCUCACGCUCUUUGCAGGAAGAGGGUGCACCACCAGGGCUUGUCAUCACUCCCUUGAUCAAGGUGACGGAACGGUACCUCUACAAAGGCUCCGACAAACCUCGAGGUGUCAUCCGUCUUGUGAAGUGGGAGUUUGAGACCCGCAUCCUCAAUGACGGGGAGGGAGGGCCUGCUCAGUGGGGCUCCUCCGGAUGGCAAAUUCGACGUCUGGAAGAGCCAUGGUACCCUUGCCGCCGUUCACCCCUUCUGAUUAGUUCUUUUGUCAAGUGUCCGGCAGAGGAGUGCAUCUUGCUGCAAGUUCUGACCUGCGGCGCCAGACCUGCAAAGACGCUGCGAAAAACACUGCGCUCCCAUGUGGUGAUAAUCAUUCAAAUGGGUCGCAUCACCUGCCUGGAGUUCUGCGAGAAGAGCCAGAUGCUACUAAGCGCCGGCUUUGACAGCUACAUCGCCAUUUGGGAUCCAAGCGCUGGGACCCUCUCGUUCAAGCUGACGGGACACGAAUGCAGCGUCACGGGCCUGUGCAAGAUGCCCGAAACUGACUAUGAGUUCAUGAGUGUCGACUUUGACGGGGUUGUAAGGCUUUGGGAUGUGCGUCGACUUUGUUGCAUUCAGAGCUUUCAUGCGACCGACCGUCGAGCAGAGGAGGCUGGCGAGCUGGAGCGCCUUGAGCCUCGUGCCCUCUGCCCGCUCAGUCGCGACCGCGUGGUCAUCUCAGGUCGCAGGAUCGUCGUCUUUGACCGAGAUGCUGGCGACCCCAGGAUGACCUCCGACUGGCCCAUCAACGCUUUGGCGUUUGAUCACAGGAACUUGGAGAUUGUCACUCCCAUCAAGAAUGACUUGUACGUAUGGGAUGCUUUGACCGGCCAAAGGCUCCAGAUCCAUGACAAUGUCAUUGAUGCCAACAUCACGGCUAUCUGCUUUGGAGCCCGCGAGCGACGCAUCUUCGUCGGAGAUGACCAAGGGAGCAUCAACUGCAUCAAUGCCGCUUGUGGGGCGCAACUGAAAACGCUGACUCCCCAUGCCUAUGAGGUGGCGCAGAUCGAGUGCAUGCCCGGGAAAGUGCUGACGCUGUCCGCCCCGGAGAAGGUCAUCAACGUCCAUGAUGACACGGACGAGAAGAAGGCCAUCCUGCUGAAACGCAUCGAUGUCAGUGGUGCUGGGGUGAUCCUGAGGUUUGCGCAUGACGAGCGGGAGAUGCUCGUCAUCUCCACCGAGGAGGGAGAAGUGGGCUGGUACAGUGCUGAUUUUGCGAAGCAAAUCGCAGACACCAGCCAGUGCGCGGUGAAUCAUUCACAGGCCGUGUCCUGCUGCUACUACUUCAAGAACGCGCCUCUCAUUGUGUCCGCAGAUGCAGGCUCGGCGAUUUUCUGGUCUGUGCCUCCCCUAAGACCAUACGACUUCUUCUCGAAGAUCCUCCUCGAUGUCACCGGCGACGAGGAGACGACCGUGGCCAUCACAUCGAUGAGUCUUAGUUGGCCCGACGAGUGCCGACUCUUCGUGGGCACAGACCGUGGAGCUAUAGCAUCCAUCAACAUCUCCAUGGUUGUGGAGAGUGCCAAGCAGCAGCAAACCGAGAUCCUUCGGAGGAAGGAGUCUGGCGAAGCGGCGGAAGUCAUCUCUGGACGUAUUUUCGAUUCGCUGCCUCGGCCGGUAAACUCACCGGCCUACGUCUUCGGCUUGGAUAAUCUCUGGCUGGUGGAGAAGGCACAUGCCAUGAACGUGGAGCAGAUCUUCUUCUGCAGGCGCCAGCCUCCCGUGCUCCUCACGCUUGGCGGAGAGGCCUCUGUGCGACUCUGGGACCACGCCACCGGCCAAGCGCUGGGAACUCUGGAGCAGGGUCUUCCAGAGGGCCUCGUGUAUCAGCGCAGCACUGACUGGACCUUCCCUCUGGAUCCUCACCGUCAGAUCCAAUCCGACAUCGACACCUUGGCAGAGGCGGCAGAGUUAAACGAAGAGCCAGCCAAAGAGCCAGCCAAUGAUCCCACCCGGCGACCGAGCAGGACCUUAGGAGCCGACAGCUCGAUGUACUUGAAGGGGCAGACUGGUGAGAGGAUUCUGAAGCUCGUCCAGAAGAGGAAGAUCGACGGGUCGUUGAAUCGGUCGACUUCCACCCCCGACGUGGUCGGACAGUCGAGUGCCGGGUUGAAUUUGCUCGGGCCCGGCAAGGUGCGUGGACAGGACUACACCUCCGUUUCCGCCAAGUACUUGCAGCCACUCCAGCGGAAUCGCAUGACGCAGCAGAAGGCCGAGGACUGGUAUGCAGGCUCUGCGGCCGGCAGCGUAUCACUGCCAAAGCUUCAGAGCGGAAUGGCGAGGCCGACACUCUCAGAGACGAAGCAAGUUCUCGAUGCUGCACGAAAACUGGCCAUAGCUCUGGGAAGCUGUCGAAAUAGCAAGGAUGCGCGAUCCUGA